AAAAUAAAUCUUUUAUCCCAAAAGAGGAGAAAGUAAAAAACAUUGAAGAAGAAGAACAAGCAACAGAAUCAGCAAUGGCAAUGACAAUGGGUACUAUUUAUGUCUCUUCCAUUUUCAAAGUUUCUUGUUAUAAUCAUAAUAAGGCAGUAACAGUAGCUGCACAGAAGAAGGAGAAGAUGAGUGUCCCUUACAAUCUAAAGGAAGGGCAAUCUCGUAUUUUCCACGAACUCCCUUCAGGGUUGAACAUGGAAGUUAUUGUCCAGAAGAGUAGAAAUGUUGUUGAAGAUGAAAAGUGUUACUGUCCACCUUUGGUAUUUGUUCAUGGAAGCUAUCAUGCUGCUUGGUGUUGGGCUCAACAUUGGUUGCCAUUCUUUUCUCAAUCUGGCCAUGACUGCUAUGCUCUCUCCUUGCUUGGACAGGGUGAAAGUGAUGAACCAAAAGAUAAAGUUGCUGGUACACUUCAGACACAUGCAAGAGAUGUUGCUGAUUUCAUUCAUCGAAAUAUUGGAUCGCCGCCCGUCUUACUCGGACAUUCAUUUGGAGGACUUAUUAUUCAGUAUUACAUUUCAAAUUUAGGAAAUGGCAGACUCAAAGAGAAUUUAUACCCGGAGCUAAUCGGAGCUGUCCUUGUUUGUUCGGUUCCUCCUUCUGGUAACAGUGGACUAGUCUGGCGAUAUCUCUUUUCGAAGCCGGUUGCUGCGUUCAAGGUUACAUACAGCUUGGCAGCAAAAGGUUUUCAAAGCUCUAUUUCUCUUUGCAAGGAGACGUUUUUCUCCGCCACGAUGGCCGAUCAUGAUGUUAAAAGAUAUCAAGAAUUAAUGAAAGAAAGUUCGCGGAUGCCGUUGUUUGAUUUAAGAAAACUGAACGCUUCACUUCCGGUUCCUUCAGUUCCAAACUCCUCUCUUAAAGUUCUUUGUUUGGGUGCAAACAAUGACUUCAUUGUGGAUGCAGAAGGACUCAAAGAAACCGCAGAAUUUUAUGGCGAGUCGCCGGUAUAUGUUGAAGGAGUUGCUCAUGACAUGAUGUUGGACACUUCAUGGGAGAAAGGUGCAGAAGUUAUUCUUUCAUGGCUUAAGGGCUUACACAAUCAACAAGAAGGAAAGUAGCAAAGGAAACUUUUGGUUCAAUCCAAAGUACUACUUUUGGAAUUUCAAGCUAGUUGACUUUCUUUUGUUUACUAUUGCAAUCCAACUUUUUUUACUUUCCAUAAUGUUGCAUUUAAUAAUCAUCUCCAUGGUUGACCCUCAAAAACAAUUAUUUCCAUUGAUUCACAAGAUUAUAUUGGAAGCAAAAAUUUAAAUAUA